UGCUCCCUUUUUCCGUCCCCAGAGGCGGAUGUGUUUGAGAUCGUUCUCCCCAUCACUGUCUUUGUGCUCAGCGAGGAGGAUUUCCUCCCAGAUGACGCCGAGGUGCAAGCGGCGCCGGUCCCCGAGUUGGCGGGGGAGGAUGAGCAGGAGGUUAACCUAAACAAUAGCGUCCUCCUAAAAAGCAACGUCACGCCGUCAAAUGACCGUAACAGUGGAAGCGUUAGGGCAGAAACCGAGACUGCGUCAAAUAAGGAUAGUGGUAUGAAAUACUCUGAAGAAAAACAGGUUGCGGAGAGCGUGUGUGACAGAUCAAAAUCACCUGUAAGUGAUGGGUGUGAUGUGGGCACAGGUAAGUGUAGUCAAAAUGAGGCGUUGCCGACAUCGUCUUGCGAAACAGAGCUCACAGAGAGAAAUGAAACCCGUGACAGAAAAGAAUGUGAUGCUGGUGGUGGCCUUCAGGAGAUUCCUCCUCUCCUUUCUUCCACUGGCAACGAGGGUAGGGAUGAUACCAUCAAGCCAGGCACGCAGCUGACAUUGGCAGCGAUACCCAAAUGUGAAGAGGAACUCGUCAGUGUUGCGAGUGUUCUUUCUGAUGGCAGUCAAGAGAAACGACCAGAAAUCUGCAAGGAGAUGGAGACAGUUGUUGAAACGGAAGAUCCUGAUUCUUCAAAGAACGGAGACAAUGAAGCUAGUAACAGAAACAGAAGCAAAUUUGAAGAUGAAACUCAGAGUUCUCUUUUGGAACAUGGCUUGCAAGAAGAAGCAAAAUCUACCCUUAAUUGUUCUGCUCCAUUUCUUAAUGGACGUUCUCCUACUUCAGAAGAAUUGCUAAAAGAGGCUGAGAAACCAGAGAUGAACGCUUCCACUUCUGCUGAAUCCAAUACUACUGGAGAGCAUAUUUAUAAGACAUUAACACCAUUUCCUAGAAAAAGAUACCAGCAACAAAAAGUUGUUUCUCCUCAUGCAAGCCCAAAAGAAUUCCAAAGCCAGCAAGAAGGUUUAGCAUGGCUAAGUAAUAGUGUGACCAUCAAACCUCUUUCUAAAGCAUCUUGUUCUAUAAAUAAGCAUGAAAGAUCAAAUUUGAAGUGCAGGUUUUGCGGUUCCAUAUAUAAACGCAGUGCACAACUGAAGAAACAUGUUUAUUCAGCUCAUAAAGAUAAGAAAAUGUAUAAAUGCUGCUUUUGUAAAAGAACCUUUUUCUUUUCUGUCAACCUUAAGAAUCACCUUAAAUUUCAUAAGAAAAUGACUAGGUUGCAAAAGGCAAGGAAAAAUAGAAUAAAUGCGAGAAAAGCUAGGCAGAGAAGAUCUGAAGAAAGAAAAUCUGAGACCAAGAAAAAAGAAAGUAAAUAUGAUAAAUUUUUCAUGAAAAUUGAAAGGGACUUCACACCUCUGGGUGUGCCAGUUAGUUUUUCUUGCAAAAUUUGUUUCUUUGCUUCAUCAAAUCCUAGGAUAUUUAUUCAUCACAUGAAGGGACAUAAAGAGAGACCACCUUACCAGUGUCCUCAGUGUGAUUACUCCUGCAUUAGCUUAUCCAGUCUGUUAAAUCACAUGUACUGGCAUGCUGGGUAUAAGCUGUACCAGUGCAGGUUUUGCACCUUUUAUUCGUUAUAUUUUGCAAGCAUGGUAAGGCACAGCUACAUCCACACAGUGGCUAAGCCAUAUUCCUGUGAGUUCUGCCAGUCAGCAUUCACAAGCAUCGCGCAGUUAGAGAGACACAGAAGAUUACAUGCGGGCAAAGAAACAUGCCAAGGGCAGCAAGUCAACUUUGUAAGUGGAAGAAAGAGAACCCAAAGACCUUUAAAGAAUUAUACAUGUGAUGAAUGUAACGUGGUGUUUUACACUAGAGGACAUCUCAGCUUUCAUAAGAAAUUCCAUGAACAGUUUAAGGCUACUGCUAAUGGUUGUACAAAUCAGAGCCAUGACUAUCAUAAAAGUGAAAUAGGCAAAGUUGACAGAGAUUCCCAGGACGGUGUUUCUCAGUCACUUUCUGGUAAAGAAAAUGAUUGUCUCAGUGGGGGAAUGCUGGCUUCAGAAUUGGACUUUGAGCAGGGAGGUGAUGUGCAGGACAGUAAGAAAAUGUGCUCUGGAAAGAAAUUUCCCAAAACCAGCCAUAGAGGCAACAGCUCGUCUAUUACUGGGAAUAGAUCACAAGUUCCUCUGAAUUCGUAUAAAAUGGACAGUCUCAUUUGCAAAGAGGAACCUCUCUUCAACUCCAGGGCCUCUCGUUCACAAGUUCAAGAUGAUGAUGCGUAUCACAACUUUGUGGAAAACUUAAAGGAUACGUGGCCCUCCAAUUUGUCUACGUUCAAAACCUACAAGUGCCAACACUGCAGUUAUGCCACCACUGUGUCUAGUGACUUUAAGUUGCACCUAAAAAUACACACAGAUGAAAGACCAUUUGUGUGUAAAGAAUGCCAUAAAACAUUUAAAACAUCGAACCAUUUGCAGAAACACAGCCUUGUUCACGUAAAGAAUGGGUACGAGUUUGGCCAUUGCCUCUAUGUAGAUCGCUGCUUAGAGAAUCUUGAAUUGCAUCAUGAAAUGCGUGUAGGUGUGUGUCCCGAAAAAGAUUUUUGUUCCUCGGAAGGUUCAAAUAGCGUCCAUUCCUUGCUUGGUUCAGACAUCUGCGGAGCACAGCCAGAUGUCCAGAGGGGCAAAGAAAAUGAUUUGCUAGCACAAAGUCAGCCACAAUUCUAUCAGUGUGCAGAGUGUGAGUACACUACUUACAUUUUAAGCAACCUUGAACUACAUGUAAGAACUCACACAGGUGAGAAGCCUUACAGCUGCAGUGUUUGUCAGAAGACAUUUCGUACUUCCAGUCACCUGAAGAGACACAGGGUCAUGCAUUUCAGUAUGGAGCAUCUCAAGUGCAGGAACUGUGACUACUCAACGAACAAAUGGCUGUCCUUGAAACAGCACCUGGCGUCACACUCUUGUGAGGAAAGCUCAUCUAGUGGCUGUCUCUAUGAACAAAAGCAGCUACCUGUCAAAAUCUACACCUGUGAAGAGUGUGGCUAUUCCACAGUCCACAAUGGAAACCUGAAGCCACACUUGAGGAUUCACACAGGGGAGAAGCCGUUCAAGUGCGGUCAGUGCGCUGUUGCUUUCCGCACAUCCAGCCACCUGAAGCGUCACUUACUGACUCAUUUAAAGCUGCGCUGCAGAAGGUGUAAGUUUUCUACAGUAGAUAAACGUGCUUUCCAAAAGCACUUAAAAACGCACACAAAAAAGUACAAGUGUAGAAAGUGUAACGUGACGCUGUCUAGUAAAAGACUUCUGGAAAAGCAUAAGGGGCAACAUGAGGUUGGAAUGUAAGCUUGGGAAGUGCGGGCUGGCCCUCUGUUCUGGAGAAAUCUGCAUGUUCUGAAUUUGUUCAUUGCUUUAUGUUCCCCUGCUGUCCCCAGAAUGAUGGCUGGUAAUGGAUGCAGCCAGCAUUUUGGUCCAGAGAAUGAAACUCAGGGUACUGGUUUGCUCCAGGUUCUUCUGAGAGCUUCAGUUCUAGCACAGACUGUGCUAAAGAAGAUCUUGGAGGCAUUUUUUCAUGCCUAACUAACUUCUUAAUACCAUGAGGUCAGUUAUGA